AUGGAGCCCCUAUUCACUGCAGUUUCCAGCAACGCCCACCAUCUCUACACACUGCUAUCCUGCAUUGGGUUCGCACACAAGGCCACCGUCCAGAUCACGCCGGAGGGAAUUCGAUUCUCGGUUGAGGAAGGCCGUGUCAUCCAAGGACUCGUUUUUCUCGAUAAAUCGCUUUUCACCAGCUACACGUACAAUGCACCGACGGACGCUGAGCCUAACCAACACCAACCCGACCAAGAUACCAAUGGCUCACAGAAUGAAUCCUAUCCUUAUUUCGUUGUCUCAAUCUCCGCCAUUCUCGAAACCUUGAAGAUCUUUGGCAUCAACGAGCUCUCAGACUCAAACCGACCCCGUGAAUCCAGCAUCCUACACACCAACACCGCCUCGUCAAGCGCAUUCAACGCCCCCGCAUUGCUCAUGCACCGCUCCUGUACCCUGCAAUACGUCCGGCACGGCGCCCCUCUCAGCAUCACCAUCACCGAAGCCGGCGUCAAAACAACCUGCGAGUUAGUUACCUACGAGCCCGACGAGAACGGAGGGGACAUCCCACUCCAGCGCGACGCUAUCAUCAUGAAAAUCAUCAUGCGCUCCGCGUGGCUGCACAAUGCCAUCGCCGAACUCAACUCCUCCACCCCCACAAUUUUGAAACUCUCCGCAUCCGCCAAGCGGGAACCGUACUUUGCUCUCUCCGGUGCGGGCGGCCCAUUUAGCGAAUCCACCGUCGAGUUUUCGAUCGAUCAGCAUAACGAGAUCACCGGUGGCCCGGGUCAGGGACACAAGGUGGUGACUGCCGAUGGCUCUAACCGCGCUCGCGCAACUCGGGCCCAGGUUGCGCCUACGGUCACGGAGACUUUCCUUGUGAGUCCGCCGUCUUCUAUGGGCGAUCGGAUUCAACAGAGCUAUCGCUUUGGGCUGCUUCGCAAGGCCGCGAGGGCUAUGUCAGUUGCUAAUAAAGUGAGCAUCCGUGGGGAUAGGCAGGGAGUGCUGAGUCUGCAGUUCCUUGUUGAGCUCGAUGAUCAUAACACCCCCGUGGGGAGAUCUAUAGGUGCUGGUGUGAAAGGCCCCAAUGGGCCGGUUUCGUUUGUGGACUUCCGCUUUGUGCCAUUACUCGACGAAGAGGAGGCUGAGAUGAUCAUGGGUGCAGAUGACGACUAG